UGAGCUGGCUGUUUGUUAGCAACAUCCUUGAGAAAUGCAACGUGGAUUUGUCUACGAGUCCUUUACAUAAAGGGCUGCACUUUGCUCCAGAUUUCCAUGACUGCAAACCAAACGUCACCAUCAGUCUGUGAUCACUGGUUUGAAGAUAAAUUAUAAUAUUAUUUUUAAAUUUUUUUUUCUCUCAUUCCUUUUUUUGGAUAAAUUCUGGUUUCUCACAGUGCAUGUCUCAUUUUUAAUCCAGAUGCUGCUUGAUCUGUUAAAAUUGCUCUCCAGAGGAGCUGAUACAUCAGUGAACACCCACUAAACGACCAUCGUUCUUUUACGAGGCACCUUUCUGAAGCGUGCAGCAUGACAGAGCUCCACGAAGCCGCGGCUUUGGGGGACUAUGACCUGGUGGAUCGGAUACUGAGGACAGGGCGCUGUGACCCGAAUCACAAGGAUGUCGACUGGCAUGACAGGACCCCGCUGCACUGGGCUGCUGCAAAAGGGAAAUCGGAGCUGGUAAAGCUCCUUGUGGAUCACGGCGCCCGGCAUUGCCUGCGGAGCAACGUGGGCUGGACGCCGGCUCACUUUGCUGCCAAGUCGGGGAGACUGGGGGUACUUCGCACCCUUCAUUCCCUGCAUGCUGCCAUGGACGCGGCCGACCUCUUUGGCGACACUCCCAAGAGGCUUGCGGAAAUCUACGGUCACCAAGACUGCUCCAGGUUCUUAGAAACAGCAGAGGAGGAGAGCAGAAACUAUCGCAGGACAGCCGCAAUAAAAGGAAUCCCCUUAGACCAGAGAGAUGAAGACUGGGAACUCAAGAAAGAAGAGCUUAAGAGAAAUCCACCGUGUUCUUGGGAGAACUACACAUCCUCUGCUCAAAAGAAAAAUAAAAGAAUAAGGAGGAAGCAGUAGUGUGCCCUGACUAUUUGAGAAUUUGCAGUGCAGAGCAAAGACACUGGCAGACCUCAGGAGCAUCUGCAGGGUGAAAUAUGGAUGAGCAGGAGAAGCAGAUGGGCACAGGAAUGCAUCUUGUGAUGUACUGAAAAUACUGUCGUUAAUAGGGAGCAGGUGGAAGUGCUUCUGUCUGUCUGCAUGUGUCAGAUCUCAAAUAUCAGGAAACUGCAGAAGUUGUUUAAAUAUACUAAUAAUCUAAUUCACUGAAAUGUAUAAAUAUACAGAAAUGACAGCAGUUACCCAUAUUGUCUGAGAGGGAAAUGGUUUUGUUCCUAAUUGAUUCAUGAAAGCAUCUGGGACUGUGGUUCUGCUCACUCUGGUGAUGUCUGUGGCUUUUGCUUGUUUGCUUUUGGUUCUGAGUCAACCAUGGAGCUCUAUAGAGGCUCGUAGCCUCUGGCGGUGCCUCUCUCUUUGGGAGUGGGGUGUAGUUGCUUCUUCUGGCUGAAGGGGAGAUGUUAAUGUUGUCCUUUUACAGGACACAUGGGUCUAACAGCCUGUAUCUACCAUUCCUGGCCCAGCAGAAGGGAAAACAUGCUCCCUCGUUGCAACUUUCAGACAUCCGUGACUGCAAAGACAGAGCGCUGCCUUCAGUGCCCCCAGCCAUUUUCAUGUCUAUGCUCAUAGGAAUGCUGUGGAACGAGUCCUGAGCGUCCCUCUGCUCAUCAACACUUUCCAUGGCAAAAAGACAUUUUUAACUCUCACCUCUCAAUCAUAAAAAAUUUGAAUUUGACCCAAAGCAGUUUUCCACACCAUGUCAGCAGUGGGCAGCCAUUUGUAUUGACUUCCGACAUCUUUUACAUGUCUGCUUCCCUUCCCCUUAUGUGUUUGCCUCCUUUUCCCUCUGCUUUCCCUCCACUACCCAAACCUGCUCCUCCUGGAGUGCCUGGGUUACAGAUGUCCUUCGCACCCAGCCACAACACUCAGGCAUCGCAAUCACAACCCACAACUCUCUGAUUCAUCUCCCUCUUCUAGAUUUCCAGGGACUAAUUCAUCUGUCUACACAGAAGUGUCUAAUGCCUCUUGAGAUGCUCUUGAGUAUCCAGGCUGACCCUGUAGGUCUCCAGAAGAUCAGAGAUGUAGCUCCUGACCCCGUGCAGAUGCCUCAGAUACCCUGACUUGAGAUGCCUGUGUGGGGACAAACGAGUCAAGCUCCCGCUUUGUCUUUUGUCAUUGUCCUGGUUUUCAGCUGGGAUAGAGUUAAUUUUCACAAGACGCUGGGAGGGGACACAGCCAGGACAGCUGACCCAAACUAGCCAAAGGGUGUCCCAUACAUAUGACAUCAUGCUCAGUAUACACGGGGGGAAGCUGGCCGGGGAGGAGUGCCUGCUCAGGGACGGGCUAGGCAUCCGGUUCUGGGCGGUGAGCAAAUUGCAGUGUGUGUUCUUUUACAAGUAUUAUUGUUGUUAAUUUCCUCUUCCUUUGCUGUCCUAGUAAACUGUAUUUAUCC